AUGGCCGGAUCAGCCACCAUGCAGUCAGUCGUAGCUAGCUCAUUCACAUAUGCAGCUGCCAAAAAUAGAAUGCUCGGCAGCCACUUUCGUCCAAGUACUACUGUAAAUUUGUCUAGAACUUUGUACAGGAAUAAUACUCAUUUGACCAUGAGAGUUGUCAGAUGCAUGGCCGAGGAUGGUGAAAAGGAGCCGCUGACGCCUAUUACAGAGUCAACAGCACCACAACCAAAGCCAGUGACGCCUUCUCCUCCUCCAAAGCCUAAGGUGAGCACGAGUUUCUCAGACGUGUUGGCAUUCAGUGGUCCCGCACCAGAAAGGAUCAAUGGUAGAUUAGCAAUGGUUGGGUUCAUGGCUGCCAUGGCAGUGGAGCUAUCGAAGGGUCAAGAUGUAUUUUCUCAGAUAAGCAACGGUGGAGUGUCGUGGUUCGUAGGAACUAGCAUAGUGCUCACAUUGGCUUCACUAGUUCCACUGUUUAAAGGAGUCAGCGUGGAGUCCAAGUCCAGUGGGCUUAUGACCUCUAACGCUGAGCUUUGGAACGGCAGGUUCGCCAUGUUAGGCUUGAUUGCCCUCGCUUUCACCGAAUAUGUCAAGGGCGGGACCCUUAUCUAAGCGCUUUUCGCUUCUCGAUUUUGGCUUCAAAGCUUUUGUACAACACAGAAGAAUGAUGUAAAGCAUUUUGUGUAAUUUUAUAAAUUAGCAAUAUAACAUUAAAUUAUCAUUAAA